AUGCAAUUGAACUUCUUCCUCGUCUCCCAAGAUGACAAGCCUUUUCCAGGUUACGACUUUAUGAGCAACUCAUUCAGCCCCUCCAAGGUGUACAGACAUGGCUACGGCUUUUUGCUUGAAAUCGAUGGGAAAGCUCCUUUAGUACAUGCUGCUCAAAAGAGUGCUGCCUUCUAUCUGGCUAAGUUUCCAAAAGAAAAACCUCUUCUUGUUGAAGGCGUUCGUACCAACAGCUUCUUUGACAUUGUGGAUUUGGAUGCUCCCGUGAAUGACUAUUUCUCAGAAGGUGAUACUGUGGUUGUGAGUGUGGACCGUAGGCCUAACUACAAGAGCCCGGUUCCUGCCAUCAUGAAGUUUUUGGUCAGACUCAGUGUGUUCCAUGUUAUUCACGUUGCGGUUGUCAGUGUGGUUGUGAUUUUCGCUGUACGUAACCGCAACGUGUUGUGGAACGUCGUUAAGCUGAUCUAUAACUUGUGA